AGGGCAGGGAUCAAGUCAGGCUCAUGAGACUCCGUACUCUGAGACUCGGCGGCCAGAAGCAGAGAGGAGCGACUUGAGGAGCCGCUGGAGCUCGGUACGUUGACGCGGCUCGAAAGGGAGGGUGGCUUCUGUUGGAGAUGAACGGAGUGUCGCCGCUGCUGGAACCGCGUCCCUUUCAUUCGGGAAUCUUUCUCAGUCCUGAGACUGGGAGCCGGGAAAGUCUGAUUUGAGAAGGGGAAAGCUUUUGGAGAGCUCCUGCCUCAGUCUGAGGUUAGGAGCACAAAGGAGGAGAUAAAGUGGGAGUGUUUCCCGGACAAAAAGGCCGUUCCUAAAACGCCAAAAAUGACAACUCGCCUCUGCUUCCUCUUACUGGCCGCUCACAUGAUGGUUGCGAGCGCGCAGCUGGAGCCAAAGAGCCAAAUCCCCCAGGCCCCGCUGUCCGUCACCCAGAGACUCGGGCUGGUCCAGAGGAAAGCCCAGGACCCGGCCAGACCCAACAUCACCAUGCCGCGCCGCCGCCUGCCGCCCAUGUGCACGGGGCCCACGGAAAUCCGGGAUACGUUCAAGUACAUCAACACGGUGGUGUCCUGCCUGGUGUUUGUGGUCGGCAUCAUUGGCAACUCGACUCUCCUGAGGAUAAUCUACAAGAACAAGUGCAUGCGGAACGGGCCGAACAUCCUCAUCGGCAGCCUGGCGCUCGGAGACCUGCUGCACAUCAUCAUCGGCAUCCCCAUCAACGUCUACAAGCUCCUGGCGGAGGACUGGCCAUUCGGGGUGACUCUGUGCAAGGUUGUGCCGUUUGUCCAGAAGGCGUCCGUGGGGAUCACCGUGUUGAGCCUGUGCGCUUUGAGCAUCGACAGGUAUCGUGCCGUGGUCUCCUGGAGCCGCAUCAAAGGCAUCGGCGUUCCGAAGUGGAUGGCCAUCGAGAUCGCCCUCAUCUGGAUCUUAUCCGUCAUCCUGGCCGUUCCAGAGGCAAUAGCCUUCGACAUGAUCACCAUGGACUACAAAGGGGAGCAGCUGAGGAUCUGUCUGCUGCACCCCAUGCAGAAGACGGACUUCAUGAGGUUUUAUAAAUCAGCAAAGGACUGGUGGCUGUUCAGCGCAUAUUUCUGCUUGCCGUUGGCCUGCACGGCCAUCUUCUACACCCUGAUGACCUGCGAGAUGCUGAGGAAGAAGAACGGGGUGCAGAUCGCCCUUAGCGACCACAUCAAACAGCGGAGGGAGGUGGCCAAGACAGUGUUCUGUCUGGUUCUGGUGUUCGCUCUGUGCUGGCUUCCUCUCCACCUGAGCCGCAUCCUGAAGCUCACCAUCUACGACGAGAAGGACCCGAACCGCUGCGAGCUGCUCAGUUUCUUUUUGGUGCUGGACUACAUUGGCAUCAACAUGGCUUCUGUCAACUCCUGCAUUAACCCCAUCGCCCUGUACAUGGUCAGCAAGCGCUUCAAGAACUGCUUCAGGUCCUGUCUGUGCUGCUGGUGCCUACCUGCUGAAAUGCUGAUGGACGAGAAGCAGUCGUGUAUGAAGCUCAAAGUCACCGAGCGAUCCUCCGAGCAGAGCCACUCCCGCAUCACCAACAAGUCCAGCACCGCCUGAGGAGUUAGGAAGGCGCAGCUUGAGGCGGGGACGAGGACCCAAAACCAAAACGACGAGAAAGCAAGAAAAACAAAUUCGAUGUACGACUGAGUGAACGAGGCCGAAUUCUUUUCUCCUGGAAGGUGUCAUACGAGUGCCCCAGAUGCGCCUGCACAGAAACUCACUCUUUAUCCGGAAAGAGAUGGGAGCGGAGAAUCAGCAAAUUCCAAAAACUCCACUCCGGGUUAUGUGUUUCAUAUUUUUUUAAAAGCUGGAGCCAAUGUUAGAAAAAAUAAGAAAAGAGAAAAAAAACGGUAAGCUUGAAGAGUGUUGCUCUGAAAAGGGUUAAAGGUCAUCCCACUGCAACAGCAAAUCAAACCCGCAGUCUGGAAGGAGACUGUAACUUUGACUCAAUGAAUCUCCCCGUAUGGACAGUUGUAUGUUUGUUGCAGACGCUCUACGGUGGCUCUGAGGCUGCUGUUGUUCAUGUGAUGUGUAUCCAGUUAAGUGAAUGUAUGUGUUAAUCAUCUUGCAUGCUUUGCAUACUUACUGCAAGGGGUGUAACGGGAUCGCAGCACAAGCUCUUGCAAUAUUGAACCGACAUCUGGUUGCUGUUUGUCUCUGAUUAUGUCUGUUGAAGUAAGAGUAAGAUAUUCUUCUGAGGACUUUUAACCUGGCGCUUUGUUUCUCUUAUUUUUUGCGCCUCUUAUUUUGAAGUAAAGAAGGAAGUAGUUGUCGGGUUGUGUUGACAGAGCCAACUGUCAAAAACCUCCUCAUCUUAGGACAAAAAUCUUUUGGCAAAAAGGUGCUUUUUAAAAAAAUAAAAUAAAAUAAGACUGGUCCGUUUUCAUUCAGCAAAAUUAUUUUUAUAAUUCCAAUUCACACAAUUUUAUGGCCAAUGGAAACACAGGUACUAACACUCUUUGGUGUAGAGGCCGUUAAAGAGUAACAUAUUCUCAAACAUAGUUAUUUUCAGUGUCAGCAGAUGUGUUUCUAUUGCAAAUAUGUGCAAAACUUUGUCAAUAUUCAGCCAACGAUGAAAAAACACAAUUUCUCAAUUGUGACAUUUCCAUUAAAUAAGAAGCACGAUUAAAAUCAUACAUGAAUAAAUUUGUUCACAUGAGAAGUCAUUAAAAAGACAUGCCACACCAUUAUCCUCCAACUACUUCCUGUCGUCUUCUUUGUGGUUUUCGCCAGUAGUAACAUCCGAUUGUUGAUCAUGUGACCUGUGUGAUGCAAAAAAGUGUUUCAAUUGCAGUUUUGCAAAAUAAUACAAUAUUGACACAAAACUAAACAGAAAACACAUCAACCUGGUGGCAAAACUUUGUGUUGAAAAUUUUUUUUAUUUUUUAAAAAAUUGCUUUGUUUUCAUUUUUGAUACGUCAAAUUGCACAAUUAUAAGAAAAAAAUGGAAACACAGCUAGUAAGGCGAAAGAAUUUAUGUUAAUUUUCUAUAUGUCUAGACAGAGCUGUAGUUCAUUUAGGCAGUGAGAGAGUGCAAGUGUUCUAGCAAACACCAGGAAGGCCGGACAUAUUGCAGUAAAGUUGCUCUAUUUUAAUCGUUGAGCUUUCUGGCUGCUCUUUGUCAUGUUUUGUAAACUUCAGAGUUAAUGUAACAAUCACACGCAAUACUUAAAAAGCAGGAAAACCUUUUUUUACAGGAACUCUUCUUUGAUGCACACAGUGUGACAUCACCACUGCCCUUAUUAUAAACCUCUCAAAGCAAGAGAGGCAGAGGCAAUUGUGUUUAAAUCGUAUUUUAAAACUCUUUCGUACAUAUCUAAAUCAAACAUGGUUUGAUUGGUUGAAACUGGAGUGGGUAUUUCUACCUUGAACAGAGAUUCUUUGACAGGUUCAAGAAACCUUUGCGGUGUUGUUUUUGGCUUCAGCUUCCACUAAGCUUUGACAUUGCGCAUUAUGUGUAAGCAAAUCAAAACUCGACUGAGUUAUUUCACAAACGUUUCCAGAUUCCUUGUUACAGAAACUCCCCAAAGAUUGAACGGAUCGCUGGACUCCAGAUGUGGACAAUUACAGCGGAAGCAUCAACUCUUCAGAAUCAAACGGGUCAGAGAAGGAUCGCCGAGCCUCUGGAGUGUGUGCGCGGGUUGUUUGGUACUAAAUAGUAAGCACAUCUAUAAUUACACGCAUCUAGCACCGCUGAGAUCUCUUCCCCUUUAUUCUGUGUGUGAGAUAAAAACUGGGCUUUCUUAGGUCACCCAAAAAUAUGUAGCUUCACAAACUAGCUAGUUUGCAAAGCUACUAGCUAACUAAUUGGAGUUGGCUAACUAGUUGUAGCUAGCUUGUAGCUAGCUUGUAGCGUUACAACGCAUCAAAAGAUUUGUUCUUUGUUCUGUUCUUGCUCAAUUUUUUAAAAUCUGAAAGUAUUUCUUGUUUUAACGAUGGUCACAUUGGUUUGCAUGUUGUGCCACGGUUGAAAGAUUUUCUGUCACUUAAUUUUUUUUUUUGAUCCACUUAUUAUUCUAUUUUUUGACCAAAUGAGUUGUUUAUAAAUAAAACCAGCUGAUCAGCAUCUCCAAAGCCGACACGUGACUCAGACUGCAACAAAAAAUGCAACAACCUAAGGUCUUUUUCAGAAUAACGCAGUCAUUUUGAAAUGGAAAAUAAAAACAAUCUUCUCUCGUUUGCCACAUUAGUGCUUUAAACUUGUAUUUUCUCACUGGUUCUUAGACUACUGAAGUCGUGUUUUUCUGUGCAGUGGCUUCAAUUGAUGGCCGGCCUUGCUUUUUCUAUAAUCUUGUCUGACUCAUUACCUUCGUUGGUAUGUGGUGACGUACAGAUUUUCUUCCAACACAUAAAAUAAUAACAAUAAUAAAAAUAAAAAAGACGCUGUUAUGAAA